AUGAUUAAGUUUCGGUAUAAGCGUAAAGAGGCGAACGAUGGAGGCGCGAUACAGAAACAGAAGAUCGACGUGCUCAAAGAUCGAGAGCUGCUGCCGCCCAAGGAUCUGCUCCUCACCGGAUCGCUAGCUGGUGUGAGGAACAAUACGUUGCCACGCUCGCGUCAGGCUUCAAACAAACGAGAGAUAUUCGAUCCUCUCGUGAGCCAGACGACUUUGUCCUUAUUUCGAGAAUUAUUCGCGCAGCUACAAUGGUCGGCAGAGAGAGCGCCAGCGGCAGACAGCCUACGUCGUGCGCUAGGCGGCGCCGGCGCAAGAUUCCAGCUUGGUUGCAUGGCAGAUGCUAGCGAAUGCUUUGAGCAUUUACUCCUAAGAGUACACGCCCACGUUGCAGCUGGCACAGGCGACAAAAGGGACGAUGAUGCUUGCAGAGCACCACAUUGUGUACCACACAGAAAGUUCGCGAUGAUGCUUGUCGAACAAUCAGUGUGUGGUGCGUGCCAAGCUACAUCAGAACCGCUGCCGUUCACUCAGAUGGUGCAUUAUGUGUCAGCAACCGCGUUAACAGCCCAAGCGGCGUUGGGUGAACAUGGUGAUAGCUUUGGCCUUUUGUUAAAGAAGGCUGGCGGUAUGGGUGACAUCAGAGACUGCCCAAACGCUUGCGGAGCUAAGAUACAAAUAUGCAGAACACUUAUGAAUCGUCCUGAAGUAGUUUCGAUUGGCAUGGUAUGGGACUCCGAAAGGCCAACUGCUGAACAUGUUGCAGCAGUGUACUCAGCGCUAGGAACCGAAUUGAGACCAACCGAUGCCUUCCAUGCAUGCGUUGAUCGUGCUUGGGCUGCUCGUGCAACACAUCGUCUCGUCGGUCUGGUCACUUAUUACGGGAAACACUAUUCCACCUUCUUCUUCCAUAGUAAACUUAAAUUGUGGAUAUACUUUGACGAUGCAGACGUCAAAGAGAUUGGCUCCGAGUGGUCUCAUGUCGUUGAGAAAUGCAAAAGAGGAAGAUUUCAGCCACUUCUCCUGCUUUACGCCGCGGUUGACGGAACUCCAUGUGACACUCGACACGCUCCAAAAGAUGUCGUUCCCUUUCCUGCGCCGGAGCCUCGAAGAGCAGUCACACCUGCACCAGAAAAACCAACAACGGGUUUCGCUAGACGUGCGAUGACUCCGGGUCCAGAUAAUGAAAGUGACUAUGUUAGUAGAAAGGCUGUAGAAAACAUGCUCGAAGUUCAAGCAAACAGACGUGCUCAGCUAGCACGUAGCCUUAGCGCCAGCUCUGCUUCAGACACACAAGAAAGACCUCGUGCUAGGAGAGACUCCGGUAACUGGAGUGGAGAUAGAAAUAGCGCCUCAUCAGCGUCAUCUUCGACAGUUGAAAGUCCUUAUAUGUAUCCCCGCGGUCGAGGACCCGGUAGCAUUCCUAGUAGUCCCACUCGCAAAGGAGAGUUGUCAAGCGGUGGGUCAUGCGAUGCCGGAUACGACUCCUAUUCUCUUUCGUCCACUGACAGUCUUCCUCUACAACAGGGUUUACGCCACAAUUUGCACCUUGCACAAAUACCCGAACUUAUUACUCGGGGAGAUUGUGAAGCUUUGUGCAUGGAAGCAGAUAGAUUGCUAGAAAAAUCGCGACAUGCUGAAGACGCUGCUGAUUAUGAAACAGCAUUAGUAUUAUGCGAUGCAGCAGCUACAAAAGUGUGUGCUGCCAUGGACGCACCCUACAAUAACCCGCAUACCAUGACAUUUGCCCGCAUGAAACAUAACACGUGCGUAAUGCGAGCUAGAAGUUUGCAAAGAAGAAUGGCAGGUUUAAAUAGGCAAACUGAAAUCCCACAAGUCGCACCCGUAAGGAAUACAAAAGGUGGUCUAGACAGCGCCCCAUCGACGAUUGAAAUUUAUGCUACUCUACCGAAGAAAAAGGGGUCGUCGAAGAAGUCAAAAAGUAUAGAAGAAGAUAUUGAUAAUUCACCACGCGAAAGACCACCGCGACACAAAUCACGUGACGAAGAAAAAGUCAGGGAUAAAAGAUCUCGAAGUGAAGAUCGUGGACGUGCAAGAAAAGAGAUAACCAGUAGCUCCAGAUAA